CUGAGAAUUAUCUGAGGAGGAGAAAAUAAAAGCGAAAAUAUAAACAAGAUAAAGAAGAAGAAAAGUUCUGUGGUGUGUUAAACAAUAUAAGUACGCGGCGUUUCUUUUUUUAAACUAUUAUUAUCAUUAUUAUUGCGUGUUUGUUUCACUGGGUUUACAAUUGUGCGAAUUAAUUUUCUCAAACUUGGUUGAAAAUAAUUUUAUUAUAAAUUCUCUACAACAUACUUCGGAGGAUUCUGUUAUACGCGUUGACUCGUGUUAAAGUAAGAUGUGCUAGAGGGUGAAUUAUAAUCUCAUAUUCGAGAACCGAAUCAGGCAAGAAAACCGGAAGCAAAGAUGAUGGGAAAACGUACGCAGUGUUACCUCUGCGAUCUUCCCAGAAUGCCCUGGGCGAUGAUAAUGGACUUUUCCGAGCCCGUCUGCCGAGGCUGCGUCAACUACGAGGGCGCGGACAGGAUAGACUUGGUCCUCGACUCGGCCAAGCAGCUGAAAAAAGCACACGGCUUUCAAGACACGAGACCGUCGGCAUCGAAAACUUAUAGAACCUCCAGUCAUACGGAGCACAACGGAGGCUCGAAUCUGGACGUUCUGCCGAUACAAAAUACGCCUCAGAGUCACUCGAGGCACCAUAGCAUACCGGGAAGUGGAUACUCUCAGAUGCACCAUAGAAACUCGAUAACCGAAUUCAACUCGAGUUCGCGACAGCAGCAGCAGCAACAGCAACAACAACAACAGCAGCAGCUAUCGAGGCACGAAGAUACGCACGAUAUGACAAACGGGAUGCGAAGCAACGUACGAAUCACUGCUAACGCACAUCUGGCCGCUGUUGCUCACCACGUUAAUCUCAGCCAUACCCGGGGUAUAUCGGGGUUGAAACGAGGCAUCUCGGCCAUCGAUGAGGACGAGCAUACCUCCGAGAAAAGGUUGUCCCUCGAGGAGCAACAUCCGGUUCGGCCACCUUUAACCAGGGGUGACUCUUUGCCCGCCGUCAGUCUGGCCGUUAGCUACGUUCAGGAUAGAAACAAGGAAAAGCACCCGGUCAGAGCGCCGAGUUUCGAUACAGCUACUACCUUCAAAUCGAACGGCGCAUAUGUUGGCGCAACAACAAUUCCUCUAGCAGCUGCUAAUGUUGCAACAAAUGGAGGAGGUGGCUCACCUCUUCGCCCAAGAACAAGUCCUCCGCCUCCUCCUCCUCCUCCUCAGGAAGGAAACGGAGAUAAUACCCAGACAAACCAUCAUCAGGGAACAGCAAGUGGCCCAUCCCCAAUGGCCGCCUUAAUGUCCGUCGCUGAUAAUCUGACAUCUCCUGAGCCAGUGCCACAGCCCCCAAAUAAUCCAAGUCCAACUAGCCGAAGCCCACCAACAACGGCAGCGAAUGCUCAACAACGCAGUGCUUCGCGGGGUUCUCAGCACAGUCCAAAUAGCUCAGGGUCAUCAGGCAGCAGAAGGUCUAGUGGUUCUAGACAUGUAUCUUCUACAACAGUAACAACUUCUUCCGAAGGUGCUGUAGCGCAGGCCACGGGAGCUGAACCUGUUUCAACACCAACGCUAAAGUGCACCUUGUGCCAGGAACGCCUGGAGGAUACACACUUUGUCCAAUGCCCUAGUGUGCAACACCACAAGUUCUGUUUUCCAUGCAGCCGUGACAGCAUCAAGCGACAAGGCGCCGGAACAGAGGUCUUCUGCCCAAGUGGUGAAAAAUGCCCGUUGGCAAACAGCACAGUUCCUUGGGCCUUUAUGCAAGGUGAAAUAGCGACUAUCUUGGGAGAAGACACGGCAGGCUCUGGUCUAAAAGUAAAGAAAGAGCGAGAAACUUAAGGGAGUGUGCUCGCGUUAAGGUCAAGGCUCAAGUUUUCUGCCCCUCAUUGGGGUAUUUUGGUGGAACCGUGAAGGCUCACCAAAAACACAUUUGGGAGAGGUCAAUAUUGGUUUCAAGAAACCAAUUAACUCGAGUCGAAGAUGUUGUAGGUGCCAAUUGGUUGAUUGUAAAAUUGUAUCGGAGGAGUCACAAUGGUAGUUACUAGCUUGGGAUUCGACGUAAAUAUCGCUCGAUUACGAUUUUUGAGAGUAUCGAUUGGUUUUGAGCGGAAGUCUUCGAUGCAUACGUGCUGGCACCGGUUUUGUACAUAUAACGUAGCAGAUGUACAAAGAUGCAUUUUGUUUUGGGAGUUCAUACCGACACACUCUCAAUAUAAUGUUCGUUCAUUGGUUGAUUCGACUUUGUGCCCUUAUUUGGGUUUGUACUUAGGCGUCAUUCGCCUUUUUUAUUGUUUAAUUUCAGGCGUAGAUUAGACGUCUUACGCACAGAGAUUAAACGGUCUUCAUCUUUGUAUUUUUAACCAUGUACGAUGGUGAUAAACUUUUUGGGCCUAAUCCUUUUGAUAUAUUGUGUAUGUCAAUGAAAUUUGUUUUACGGCCGUUUUAAUUUAUCAAUUGACAUUUGUAUACUCUUUCUGCUUGGUUUGUUUUCUUACAAAGAGGCAGUAAUUUCGAACCCAUCGCGCGGGUUCCUUGUACAUUAUGUAUAUGUGUACAUAUAAUUAUUAAGAAUUUUAUAAUUAAUCGAAUAUUCAUCAUUACAUGUACAAAUUUUCUUUAUCAUUUUUCCGUAAAUUAUUAUUUCGUUACUGCACAAAUCACUUUGCCUCACCAAAUACGGGGAGGCUCUUCGGAAAUGAAGGCGAUUCAUUUACGGAUGUUGCGAAAUUGCAUUUUAUAUGUUCCGUUCGGUUUUCAGAUAAGAUAUCCUGUUCAACAAUUGUUUCGUCGUAUGUAAAAAAUAGUAAUGAAUCGACCGAAAUUCAAUGGUAGAGCUUUUACUAUAAUUAUUUUUUCUUUUCUUCAAACUUUUUUUUUACGUUUAAUGCUAGACUUUAAGUGAGGGCUUUUCGGUUUUUCAUUUUCCUGAUGAAAAAAUACGCCCGAAAAAUAGGAACCACACACUCGCUAUGUCUGAAGAAUAAAUAAAUAAAUAAAUAAUAAAAUUAAAAAAUUAUAAAAAAAAAAAUGAAUCACCAUUUGUCAGUGUUCAGGGAUUUUUUUUCUAAAACGUGUACGUUAAAAAACCUUGACACCUGGCCCUUUUUGUAUAUAUUUGUAUAAACGGCAGAUUGAAACGAUUAGAUUUUAAGCGCAUGUCAUUACUAUCGUACUAUUAGAAAAGUUAUUACAAACUUAAUGAAAAGAGAAAUGCAACUGAUUUGAAGUUUGUGCUUGCUUUUCAGUAAUAAAAAUGUGGUCGUAUUGGUUCGAUAGUAAAACGAAAUAAAAAUGGUAAUAUUGGAUCGCAUCAUAUAAGUAAAGCGUACCAAUAUUAUGAACAUUGUAGUAAAUAGCUGGGUUAGAGAAACGUUCGUUAAUCUCAGUGCUGUAUUACAUUCAUUUACGAUUUGAUGUUUUCUCUAACUCUCUAUCGGUAGUUCCUAUGCAAUAUUAGGGGUACCAGGUGGAAGGUAACAAAUCGCAAAUAGAUCAGAGGUUUGACCUUCACACCUUUCCGAAAUUGAUUUUUAAAUAUCAUAUCUUUGACCUGGUAUCUACAUGUCUUAACACAGUGUAAAGCUGCAGUCCCAGGAAACAUUGUCUUAUUAAAGUUAAUAAUAUUACGUCCUAAUAAUGGGCUUCUGAAGAUGUUCUCCUUAUGUAUUGAAUUAAUUUAUAAUAUCCAACGUAUAAGUACAGAACUAUAUAAUCGCAAUAUUUUCCUUUCUAUACAAAUUAACAAUCCAUUCUUUAUCCUUUGAUAAAUGGAAACCAGAAUUUUCAAAUCAAUAUUGUGACGCCAGAAACUAGAGUCGAAUAUUGUACAUUGACAUAGAACCUACCUAUAUAAUAAUAACGCUGAAGAAUAAUAAGUAGUUUAUUUGUAUUAGCUGUAAAACCUGACGUGAUUGUAUAAUAUUUAACUGACUCAAUUUGCUAAGUAUAAAAAUAUGGAGAGUUCUAUAUAUUAUCUUGAUAUAGUUUAUUGAUUAUUUAUUACUUUUUGAAAUUCAAAUUUUCGAGUUCUUCUUUUAUCGUAAACCAAUUUUCUAAUGUAUAUUGGUAGUAAUUUCGAUUCAAUUUGAUUCGAGACUGUGUGUUGGUACAUCUUCUCAAGCCCGGUAAGGCUGUCGCCCUAAUUUUUUAUGAUUCAGUUAUUUUCUAUAAUUACGUAUAAUCACACAAAAACACGAAACCAAGCGUCAGAUAGUAGUGUAGUGAAUAUACAUUUUCUAGUGUACCAUACUUUAUGGUUCACGUAACACUGUACUGAUUAUCGUAUGUAUGAAAGAAGCAUAAACAAAAUAUAUGUGUUGAUGUGAA